AUGGUUGUUUUGUGUAACGACAAAGUUGAGAGAAUUUCCGUCUCUGAAGCACUCGCCAAACUGGGACAACCGCUACAGCUUUCUGGAGUCAAUCACUACUUACUUUAUGUUGCUACGCUCAUGGAUACCUGGGAGAAGCGAUGGAACGAGAUCUUAGAUAUCAUUGAGGUUGAAAAUUCCAUACAGAUGCACGAACUGCAGGAUGCACGAAGACUCGACGAACUGAUGUUCGAUCGGUCAUUUGAAGUUUCCCGGAGAUACUUCUCUAUGCUCCAAUUUCUUCAGCUAGCGUCCAAGUCGCUGCAAAAGCCAAUUGCCAGCUUUGAAGCAGCACAUCGCCAUUUCACGUCACAGGUCACCUCCAACGCUCAGAACCCGCGCGGCAGAGGGUGGACUGACAUUAUGAGUAACUGGGAGAAGGUCGCCAGGUCUGUUAGCACAGUAACAGCAAACCUUCGCAGCCGUGUCGAUCAGCAGAUUGAACAGGUCAAAAGUCACCAAGAAAGUUUCCCAAGGGUCCACACUAAAGAUCCUCAGAUGUUUAACGCGACAUCUUUGCGAGAGACAAAUAACGGCAUGGCGCUGAACAGGUCUGUAUCUUCUGGGCUCUCCCAUUUCUUAACAAUACUUCUGAAGGAGGCGAUAGCAAGGUACCCCGCGGGUUUCGAACAAGCUUCAUCUUAG